GCCUCGAUCAGUUUAGCACAAUGAAAGAUCGCCGUUACUUGGCAAUAUGAUAUGAUAUGAUAUGAUCUCCCUUCUUACUUUACAUUAUGAUGUUUUAGCGCUUCGUCCGAUGAGCUGAUUUGUGUUUCGUUUGCAGUUUCUGUCGGUGGAAGUUACAGCAGGCCGCCUCUGUGCACCCAUCAAAAUGCAUCCGAUGCCUGAGUGCUCCGUUAGGGACGGAGACAUAUUUGACUGUAUACAGACAGGGAAUAUUGAACUGUGUAUACAGUUCGUUCAAAAUGACCGAUCAGUUCUCAAUGAAAAAGGCUGGGGUGGUUUCACCCCACUCCACUACGCUGCCCUCCAUGGUAACCGUGCCAUGGUUGACCUUUUCCUUAGUAAUGGAGCUGACCCUAACCUGCCAUGUGAUUCAGGACAGACAUCCUUUCAUUUUGCCUGCAGGCAAGGGAACAUCUAUAUCAUACACCAAAUGAUGCAGCAUGGAACUGAUUUGCGUCUCAUAGACCUGCAGCAAAAUACAUCACUGCAUCAUGCAGUCUCUGGGGGCAGCAUUAUUGCAGUGCAUUAUUUGUGGGAGACAGGAAUGUUCCGGUUCUCAGACACAGACAUGUGCCGAGUGACACCUCUUCACCUGGCUGCAUCCACAGGCAACACUGAGGUGGUCCGGUAUUUGCUCAGAGACCAGAGAUGUGCUGUGGAUGCAGUUGACCAGCAGGGAGCGACAGCGCUUCAUGUUGCAGCAGAGAGGGGUGGAGUGGAGGUGUGCUGGACACUGCUGCAGAGAUCAGGGUGCAGGAUGCUCCAUCAGAAGAACCACAGCGGCGUCACACCACUGGACCUCAGCAAACAGGGGAAAACAUUUAGACAUCAACAACUGACCAAGCUACUGAAUCAGUACAUUAGUGAGCCAAAACACCACAAGCCCACAGAGUCUCACGCUUUGUAUUACUGGACACUGUUUUUUCCAACCCUGAGUGGAUCUGCCAUUCUGCUGAUAGCAGCCAUGUUGCCAGGCUAUGGGGGGAUAACCUGCGGUGUGCUCUUCCCCUGGCUGGCCAGAAGCAUCUUCACACAGCACCAUCGCAUGAUCACAUACCAAAGGUUACCUAACCCGAUCUACCUUGGAACCCUCAUAGCUGGCUUGUUCCAUUCCCUGCUCUGUUUCUAUGGACAAAUAAUGCCUAGUGUGUGGCCAACCAGUGAUCUGGUAAAUUUGUCAAUAGUGCAGUUCUCCCUAGUCCUUGGUUUGUUCUGUAAGAUUCUGACUCAGGACCCUGGGACACUGGACAAAGCAGAUGCAGAUCCUCGGUUCUCCUGUAUCGCUGACCUGGUGGAGGACAACCAGAGCCCUCACAGGUUCUGCCCAUACUGUGAGUUGUUACUGCCCGACUACACUAAACACUGCAAGCUGUGCGACGUGUGCAUCAAAGACUAUGACCACCACUGCCUUUUCCUCAACCAGUGCAUCGGCCAGGGUAACCACCGCCUCUUCGUCUGGUUCAUCCUCUCCAUGGUGUUUGGCCACCUUCUUUUUGUUGCCACGGCAACAAGUUACCUGUAUGAAAUGAAGUACACGGGCAGUCACAACUGGUCAUCGUGGUCCACAUUGUUAGGGGAGGAGUUCUGGGUUGUGGUCAUGAUAGUUAUGAAUUCACUGACGCUGCUCUGGGAGGUGUGGCUACUGAUAGAGCAGUUUGAUGCCAUUGCCACAGGAACGACCACCUACUUCAGACAGUGUGAAAGCUCAGCACGGCAGAGGUCACUCGCACAGCGCUGGGUUUUAGUGCUGUCGUUUCUGCUGGAGGGUCAAAGACUGGUGGGAAUCAAACAAACGAGAGAGGACAAAACUGCCAUAGACAUAUAAACUGCCAGUUUGUCUCGUUUCAUCGCUCACUUGCUUCUCAGUUUACAGGAUCUCUGGUGUACACUCAACCUUGUGAUAAUGUCCUCUUUAGACUAAAUAGCUCUUUUAUGCCAUAUAAUAUGUUGUACUUGAAUGUAAAAUUAGGUUAUAUCUCAAUGUUCUGUUUUAAAUAGUAGAUUUGUCAGCAGGUUUGUCUAUAAAGUGGCUAGCAGGAUAACUACCACAAGAGUUUAGAUCUCUCUGAAUACUUUUAAGAUAAAAAUGUUCUAAUUAACUUGUUGGUGUACAUUGUUCUGUAAAAACUGCGUAUUUCCAAAACUGUGUUUUAGCAGGGAACGCCUCAAAAUGAACGCUUACACUCUGUUACACCUGUUUUUAUAUUUCACAUCAGCAUGCUUUUUUUUAACACCAUUGUUUUUGUUGCUUUGAAUUAAAGGGUGUCAUGGUAUAGAGCAUUGUUUGAAGUUGUGAAGAUUUGUGCUCUUACAACAUUAACCGGUCCUGUGAUUAGCUAGUGAUAAUGGUUAAUAGCAGGUGCACUGAAAGACUUUGCUCCGAACAUGAUGUCAUUACCUCUCUGACCUGCUUCCAGUCAUUUGAGCCACGACACUUCCUCUGCUCUCACUAAUGAGCUCUUUUCAUGCUUUCAAUUAAACACACUCAUUUCCUUUGUGUCCCUCAGGACCAUAUAUCAAGAUUAUAGAUGAUGUUCCCCACACCCCUCAGAGGUUGGUGUGUCUGGACUAUGUGAGGGGCUACGUCACACAGUAUUAUUGAGUGUCUGCUGUACUGCCUGUUAUGCAUAUGGUGUGGUUAGGAUGAGCGCAUGUAAGCCUGUGAGUGCUUUUACUGUAUGUGUCUGUUCCUAGAUCAGUGUUAUUGUAUUUAAAUGGCUGCCACUUAUCAAUAUCCCAAUAAAUUGCAUCUAUACCAAUGUA